AUGGCAGGGGUUCUUACGGAGAACUUGGUGCUGCAGAAGACCAAGGUGGACAACAUCCAGCGUGUGCGGAAGCUAAACGUGUGCGCUGCGCAGCUCAGCGACAUUGGCGUGCUGCGGCGUGCAAUCAACCUCGAGGUGCUCUCCCUUAGUCUCAACGAGGUCAGUGAGCUCGGGGUUCUUGAGAACUGCCGCCGUCUGUGUGAGCUGUACCUCCGCAAAAAUCGAGUGGAGGACCUCAAUCAGGUGCUCCACCUCUGUGAUAGUAACUAUCUGACGGUGCUAAAUCUCUCAGAAAACCCCAUUUGCCAGGACCCAAACUACAGACGCUUCGUCAUUGCUGCUAUUGCAAGCCUGCGACGCCUGGACGACGUCGAUAUUCUCCCGCAGGAGCGGGAGGAGGCGUACAGGGUGUUUCCGAACCUGCGGACAAUUGCCCCGCCUCCAUCAAUGUACUGCGACCCCGCAAAGGGCAAGGUGAAACCCGCAGUCAACCAGAUGGCUCUCUACGCCGCAGCAGCGAGGCAUACGGCGCAGCAAUCACGUCAUAACAGCACCUCCGACUACGUGGAUGACCAUUUCCCACACGGUAACGGUGGCCGACGCACCCCGGUGGCUCGCAGUCCAGUAAAAGGCUACAUGGCAAAACGGAGGAGCACGCAUUUAGAGUCUCCGCAACGUUCCCACUAUGAGUCGGCGCAGCGCGCGCUUCACGCCAAGAGGGCGUCCUCUAGCAACGGCGGGAUGGGUUCUAUGCAUGCGCAACCACUUCAAAUUGGCCCAACUGAAUCGGGUGUUGUGCAGGCGGUGAAGGUGCUGUUGUCAGAGCUGAGCGCGGAUUCGCUGGACGAAGUGCGCCGCUUCAUCGAUGCGUUGAAGUGA